AUGUUGGGUAUCACUUCGCUCAGAUGUGCGUUCCAGCGCACAACCGGGCCUUUGCCCCUGAACGCCCAUCGCUUCAUGGCGGCUGUGUCAACAACAGCAACGAAAUCUGUGUCUACGGUUCCUCUCGCUUAUGACUUGCAUGUUCCCGCGAAGCCUGUUUCUGAUGAGAAGACGUCUCCCAUCAUUGUCAUGCAUGGUUUGUUCGGGUCCAAGAAGAAUAACCGGACCAUCAGUAAAGUCCUUGCGCGUGAUUUGGGGCGCUAUGUGUACACAGUUGAUCUGCGUAACCACGGUGACUCUCCCCAUGACCCCCGUCACGACUACCCAUCCAUGGCGGCUGAUGUGGCCGAGUUCAUCCGGCAGCACGACUUGAAGGAGCCCACCCUUCUUGGCCACUCUAUGGGUGCCAAAACAGCCAUGGCUCUCGCGCUCCAGGAACCCGACUUGGUCGCAAACCUGGUCGCUGUCGACAAUGCCCCCGUCGAUGCACGACUGGCCUCCGACUUCGCCCGCUACAUCCAGGCCAUGAAAGAGAUCGAGCAGGCCGGCGUGACGCGGCAGGCUGAUGCCGACAAGAUCCUGGAGCCGUACGAGAAGAACGUCACUAUCCGCCAGUUCCUGCUGGGCAACCUGUACCGGCCGCAGCCGCCGGAAGGUGACGGCAAGACCCAGCGCUUCCGCGUGCCCCUGAACAUCCUGGGCAAGGCACUCGACCAUAUGGGUGAUUUCCCCUUCAAGAAUCCGGAUGAGACGCGCUAUGCCAAGCCCUCGCUUUUCAUUCGCGGAACGAGGAGCAAGUACGUCCCUGAUGAGGUGCUACCCGUCAUUGGCCAGUUCUUCCCCAUGUUUGAGGUGGUUGAUAUCGAUGCUGGUCAUUGGGUGAUCUCGGAGAAUCCGGAAGCAUUUAGGCAAGCUGUCAUCCGUUUCCUGGAGCCCAAGGAUUAG